AUGUUGAAAUCAAUCAUCUUACUCUCCCUCACUAUCUAUAUGGGCAAUGCCCACCCUGACGACAAGCAAGCAGAUAUCACCCGUGUCCUUGUUCGUCAAAACGCCGCGACGACUACUGCGUUCAGACCGCCAUUGACAAGUACUUUGAACGGCGGCUGUCAGAUCAAUGGCUGGGCCAGAUGCGGUAAUGUUUGUUAUGAUAUCCAGAAUGGGGCUACUUGCUGUAACGCCAGCGCCAGCUAUAGGUGUAUACCGGGAACGUACUGUCUCUUCAACGGUUUGUGCUGCCCUAACGAAUUGGAUCCCGAAACAUGUGCCCGCAAUAGUGGUCUUCAAAUUCCCGCUGGCUUCUCAAGGCCCACCCGAUUUCCAUCCGCGACGAGAACAUCUUCUGUGAGCCGAUCCUCAAGUUCUAGUGCAAGCAAUCCCUCAAGCUCCAACACAAACCGGUCUUUAAGUCCCAACGCAGACCGAUCCUCGAGCUCCAAUGAGAGAAAAACGUUGUCCAACCGACCUUCCACUAAGCGCCCAGAGCCCACGUCUUUCCCCACGGUCGACGAAGACUCAGUGGCGCCCAAGGAAGCAGCACCAGUGACCACCACCCAUGGCUCCAUUACAGCCACCAUCUCCAACAAUCCUGUCACCUUGGCAUACACCGGCGAAGUGCUCCCGCUCCAAACAGUCGCCAAUCACAAGCCUGCCCCAAGUAGCUAUAAAGCUGCCGUGCUUGCAGCACUCGCGAAGGACCCCCAAACCAAACCUUUCGGAGACCUUUUAUCGCAAGCGCCAGCCGUCUUUGAAGGACUCGAGGAAAAGAAGGAAUACUACAUUUUCGCGCCCACCGCCCAGUUCGUUCUAGAAUUCCUCAAGUACCUGCAGGACGAUCCACGGAGGCUUGCCCGCCGCAAGGUGCUCGUCGACCCUAACACCAGCCAGCAGUUCGCAGAGAAGCCCAAGGGCGCUCCGGAUAUCAAGCGCGUGCCGAGCACCCUCAAGACCACCUUGGUAGGAGAAACCAAAUACGUUGACCUCGGGGCCGGUGAAGGAGCUCGCGUGGUCUCAAAUCCUGUGACCAGUGAGAAUGGUACGGUUCACAUCAUCUCCGGAUUUGGAAAUUCGACAUUGGUGCAUGCCGAAGAGAUACCUUUUGAGGGUGGUGUUAUCAAGAAGUGUGAUGGGUUCUUUACCCUUCCACACGCGCUUGAGACCGCUUUUGCAGACACCCAGGGCCGCUUAUGGUCCACAGCGCUGCAGAAUGCGAAUCUCUUGAAAGAGCUGUCGGAAAAGCGGAUGGUGACAAUCUUCGCCGUGCAGGACUCCAAUUUGGAUCAAGCAAACCUGCCAGCGUCGGCCGAUCUAAACCGGAUGGUCCACGAUGGCCUUUCGUACGAGCCUGAUAUGAGUGACGGCCUUUGCUUGCAGACGAGGGGUGAGGGCUCGUUGCGCGUUACACGAAAGGGCAAUGAUAUCCUUGUCAAUGGCGUCCGGAUCACCAAGGCUAAUGUUAUUGCCAAGAAUGGCGUCAUCCACUAUCUGGAGAAGAUUCCACCUGUAGAGAAAUGCACAGGCUCUGCGGGAGAGCCGGGUGUUAAAAAGUCCGCGGGCUCAAUAACGGCCAUCUCCAAGGCGACCGUCCUUGGUCUAUCCGUUGCUAGCCUUGUGGUGUAUGCGUGGAUAUAA